AUGACACCUGCGUCGGUAACGCUGGAAAAUGUAAGUGAAGCGCGUAAUAAUAUAAUGUCAACUUUUAAACGAAAAAAUACCAACAAUAAACGUAAAAAAAUUCAUCCCUUUAAAUAUCGUGUAAAUGAUUUAGUACGAAUCAGUAAAACAAAAGCGACGUUUGAGAAAGGUUAUGAAGCAAAUUGGACUAAAGAAGUAUUUAAAAUUAAAAAAGUUAAACGACGUCAAUUAUUACCUAUUUAUGAGUUAUGUGAUUUAGAAGGUGAAGACAUUGAUGGGUUUUUUUAUGAACAAGAAUUAACUUUAGUAAACAAAAAUAUUGGCGAAGAAGAAUUUGAAAUUGAACGAAUUAUCAAAAGUAAAGAUAAAGGACGUAAUAAACAAGUAUUUGUCAAGUGGUUAGGUUACCCCGAUAAGUUUAAUUCUUGA